GAGAACACACAGACCGGGAUCUCACGGUUUCUGGACAUUGCAACAGGUCUGGGGUGUGUAGAGAGGCGCGUGUUAGACAGCGAUCAUCACUCAGCUAACUGUUUAAAGAUGCUCAAUGACAUUAAACUAGAGGAUCGUCUGCGGACCGAUUCGGGCUUUCUGGAUGUCUUGAUCGGCGGUGACUCUCUCCAGCAUGCCGUGUGUGAGGGCUGCACGCGGAUCAUCUCAGAUCGCUUCCUGAUGCGGGUCAACGAGGCGUCCUGGCACGAAGAGUGCCUGCAGUGUGCCGCGUGCCAGCAGCCGCUGACCGCCACCUGCUACUUAAAAGACACAAGAGUGUACUGCAAGGCCGACUACCAGCAGUUGUUUGCCACCAAGUGCACCAUGUGUCUGGAGAAGAUAGCACCCACAGAGUUUGUAAUGCGAGCUCUGCAGAGUGUUUACCAUCUCAGCUGCUUCUGCUGCUGCAUCUGCAAACGCCAGCUUUGCAAAGGAGACAAGUUUGUUCUGAAAGAAGGUCAGCUGCUGUGUAAGAGUGACUAUGAGAGGGAGAGGGACCUGCUCAGCACAGUCAGUCCAGACAACUCAGAGUCAGAUAAGAGUGAGGAUGAGGAUCUGGAUGUGAAGUCAGAGAAGUGCCCUGCAGCAGGGAAAGGCAGCAAUGACAGCAAGGACCCUCACCGACCCAAACGACCACGCACCAUCCUCACCACCCAGCAGAGGAGAGCUUUUAAGGCCUCCUUUGAGGUCUCCUCCAAACCCUGCAGAAAGGUGAGAGAGACCCUGGCUACAGAGACAGGACUCAGUGUACGUGUGGUCCAGGUCUGGUUCCAAAACCAGAGAGCAAAGAUAAAGAAGUUAGCCCGCAGACAACAGCAACAGCAAGAGCAACACAAAAGGCAAAGACUAAGCCAAGAGAUGAUAUCAGGUUGUAUGGAGGGUCUGCUCAGCUCCUGCCCAGGGCAUUUACCUCCAAACCAACAGCAGCACUUGGUGACCAUGGAACACAAGGGCUACAAUACUGACCCCUUCCAGCAGGGCCUCACCCCACCACAGAUGCCUGGUGACCACAUGAACCCCUACGGCACUGACUCCAUCUUCCACGACAUUGACAGAGACACCUCUCUGACAAGUCUCAGUGACUGCUUCAUGAACACUCCAGAUGUAGGCAACCUGAAGGCUCAGGCGGGGAACCCUAUUGACUGCCUGUACUCCAUGCAGACCUCCUACUUUGCCUCUACAGACACCAUCACCACUGUUGGUACCACCCAACCCACCACACCACAUCCCAGGUCAUGAACAGUGAGUGCAUAACAGUGCACACACAAGACACAUAUGUUACAGAAUUGUCCUGCAAGACAUGAAUCAAUAAGCAGGUAAAUGUGACCGCAGGACAGAAUCCACCAAAUUGCCUGACUGACCUCCACCAGCCAAAGAAAAGAGAAAACUUGAAAGUCAAACUGUACAUGCCACCUGCCGUCUGAAUGGAGGUUUGAAGCAGUACAUUUGCCUUUUCAACUGGGUUCAUUUUGUUGGCAAGAUAGCCAACACUUUUACACAGACAUCACAAUGGAAGUGUUUAGUGGUAUGAAAAGUUGAACUUAAGUUUAAGCCAGAGAUCUGUUGGAAAUGUAGUCAGAAUCAGUUAGUCAGUUUAAUAGGUGCAUUAAAAAUGAUCUACCAAGCUUUCCUGCUGUAAUGAAAAGACGGUCUGUCAGCCAGCUGACUAAUACCUGUUACUGUAUGUAUAUAAUAUCCAGAAUGUUAAGAUGGACAACAAAUUAUUUAUUUCUCACCAAUGUGCUGGUAAACAAUGAAUCAAAAAAUAUAUUUACUUGUAAAAAGACAAUAUAAAUCCAUUGUAAACAUCCAGAUUCAGUGAUUAUUUUAUUAUGCUAUUUAUCAUACAAUUUGUGUUGUUUAAUGUAAGUUGAUUUUGCUUUGCUAUUUAUUUUCACAUUGAGAUCAUCUAGACAUUGUCAAGAGUGCAUUUUAAGUUUGCUUACUUACUGAACAUAUUGGUACUUUAAAUAAAAAGUGCAAUUUCUUGAAUUUUCAUUUUCUUUUGCAUUAGAAACAAUCAACAGAUAAUGGCAGCAAAAUUCAACUUAUCUGAUAUAUGUACAUACAGGACAUUUAAAUCACAAAUAUUCUAUAUUCCAACUCUGGCCAACAAGCUAUGAAUACCAAGACUC